CUACGUCAAGUCGUCCCGUCCGCUCGGUGAAGAUGUCUGCGACGGGUACAGGCGGCUGUGGACCCGGACCCGGACCCACCUCGGGCGCCGGGUCCGGGGCUUCCAACCCCCGAAAGUUUAGCGAGAAGAUAGCGCUGCAUACCCAGCGACAAGCCGAGGAGACAGCCGCGUUCCAGGAGGUUAUGAUGGACAUCACCUCGACCAGGCUUCAGGCACAGAAGCUCCGUCUCGCCAGGAGUCAGGGUCCGUACUAUGGCGGCUCGCUACCCAACGUCAACCAGAUCGGCAGGAACCCUCAGGACUUCCAGGGCUCCUUCCCCUCCACUCUGGAGUCCAACCGAUCCACCCGGCAUCACGGUCUGGUGGAGCGCGUUCAGAGAGACCGCCGUUUCAUCUCACCGGUUCGACCAUACCGCAACCGACAAGUGGACAGCUCGCCGUAUAACUCCGCCUACUUGUCCCCACCGCCUGACCCCAGCUGGAGAAGGAAUUGGUCCGGAAACUUCCCCGGGGAUAAAAGCCAGUUGUUUCGUCUCCCCACCACUGCACUCAACAGGACAAACUCUGACUCAGCCCUCCACACCAGCGUGAUGAACCCUCCCACAGGAGACCCCUUCACCACAGGAGGACCUACCCUCACUCCCCAGGGCAACAGACGCACCGGUCAGAGUGAUGGAGAGGGCAGAAGAAUGUUUCCGUACCCUGUGCCCCCCAUUGAGGAGAAUAUGUUGGAUGAGGGGAAACUGCUCAAACCCUGGGACACCAAGAAGUUGCCUCUUCUGACGUCCCGACCCAAAUCCUGUGAAGUUCCUGGUAUCAACAUCUUUACGUCCCCGGAGCAGCCGUCCACGCCGGCUCACGGCGUCCCAUCGGCCCUCAACACCGGCGGCUCCCUGCCCGACCUGUCCAGCCUCCACUUCCCCUCCCCGCUGCCAACACCACUUGACCAGGACGAGCCGGGCUACCCAGGAUCCUCGUCUCUGAGCGGGGGGAGCAGCACGGGGAACCUGGCCUCCACCCUCACUCAGCUGGGCAUCAAUGCCGCCAACGCACAGGGAGGCAACGGCAACUUUCACCACCACGCACCAGGUCUCCUGGCGUCUCUACAGAGCACGCUCAGUAACCCCUCCCUGCAGUCAUCACUAAGCAACCCCAACAUCCAGUCAUCGCUCAGCAGCCACUCCUUCUCCAACUCUUUGAGCUCCGCCUCCCUGCACUCGUCGCUCAGCAACCCCUCCCUGCAGUCGUCCCUCAGCUCCUCCCCGUCCCUUCCCUCCUCCCUCAGCAGCCAGUCGCUGCACUCCUCCCUCAGUAACUCCUCCCUCCAGUCAGCAUCCAGCGGUAACCCUGGCUACAACAGUGGCGUGGGCGGCUCCAGCUCCUGCUCUUCCUCUUACUCGCCACUGCUCAGUGGACAAGGCCAGCCGUCGCUCAGCACGUCGCCACGGAGACGGGCACAGCUCUCCCCACUCAUCCUGCCCAUGGGAGGGGAGUCGCGGAGGCAUCACUCAAAACAGUUCUCCCCCACCAUCUCCCCCACCCUGUCCUCCAUCACACAGGGCGUCCCUCUGGACACCAGCAAACUGCCUCUGGACCAGAGGCUCCCUCCGUACCCACUCAGCCAGUCCCACCAGCACCAGCCAGGCUCCCACCAGCCUCUCCCCGGUCUGCAGGGCUCCCAGCCUGGCCAGCAGCCCUCUCAGAUGAGCCAGCACCAUCACCAACAGCUGCACCGCCUCCAGCAGCCGCGGCCCAAUGCUCAGCAGCAGCAACAGUCGCAGUCCAUGCAGCAGCUCCACCUGCAGAACCUGCGUAACUCACAUAACCAGCACAUGCAGCAGCAAUUUGGAUCGCAACAGAGGUCGAUGGGGCAGCAGAUGAACACAGCAAACUCGCAGCUGAUAAAGAACGAAAGGCCGAUGGAUCACUGUGUCCAGAGCUCCUCUCAGUGUCACGUCAAACAGGAAGCAGAGCAGCAGGCGGAGCAGCAGAGAGCCGGCGGUCUGCCUCAGCUCCAACAGAUCAGCCACAACCUGGCUACAGACCUCUACAAUGAUGCCUUGUUCAACUCUCUUCUGGACGACCCAUAUCUGAGUCUGCAGCUUUCGGGCAAAUCCAACCAGCAGUUCACAGCAGAGAACCAGGGUGAUGGUCUGUCUCUGAACCACAGCGGUCUGAGCUGCAGCAGCACCGACAAGAACCAGUACCCCUCCAACAUGCAGGGGCACCUGGACCUGCAGGAUCCCGGAGACCAGCAGCUCCUCAACAACCAGAACCAGAACUACGGCAGCGGGGACGGACGACACAACGUGCCCAACAUCAUCCUCACUGGCGACUCCCCGCCGGGUUUGUCUAAAGAGAUCGCCAGCGCUCUGUCCCACGUCCCCGGCUUUGAGAUGGAUCCCUUCUCCCUGGACGACCCCCUCAGGAUGGACCCCCUGGCUCUGGACAUGUUGGACGGCGACUUGAUGCUUGCCGACCCGGCUGUGGAGGACUCCUUCCGAUCCGACCGGCUGAAGUGACCCCGCAACCCCCCCGCGCUCCAGGAGCUCGGAGGGAGUCGGCGAAGGAGAGGGCCACCCUGAUGGAGGUGGAGAGACUGGGAUCUGCGCCGCUCCGCCGCCCACUCACCGCUCCCCCCACAAGAUGGUCUGCAGAGCGAGGCGUGGAAGUAACUCGGGAACCUGCGGGAGUCUCGGUGAGAAGAGAUUUCUGUCCGGGUCGUGAUGAACUGAAGGAGGGGGGAGUUUUCCGUCGAAGGCACUUAACUGAAAAUGCUCUUGCAAUGCUUGAAGUCAAGAAAAAAAAACAGAUGCUUCUCUUUUUAGGCAUUAGCUUGUACGAGUCUUAUCUGCAUGUUAAUGAAAAAUGCACUCGCAUAAAUGCAAACACGCAGGAAUAAACCGCUCACGUGACGUCGGCUUUAUGUAAAGAAACCGUCUGUAAAAACCAGCAACGCUUGGAAGAUCUUGAAAAGAAUUAUGCAUCCAGAUACACGUGGAUCUUCCCCACGGCAGAGCUCUCUGACUGGUCUCUGCUCCACCCGGCAGCCAUGUUCUCGACAGGAAACAAGAUGUGUGAUUGGUUCGGAUGAUUUUACCCCAGAACUCUGUAGGUUAGGAACCAGCCAGAGGCCAAUACAGUUGAUGUUUGGCUUUCUCUGCUUUAUCAGCCACUUUGACAGGAACUCAGCCAUGACCUAGAGCUCUAUAUAUUUUUGAAAUAAUAUGUUUCCUGCUCCGACAGUCACAGAUGUCAGUUUAACAGCCUGAAAGAGGUUGUGAGAUUCUACUUAAACCAAACUGGUCAAAAGAAUUUAUAUUCAGUUAAUUAAAAGCAGGUUAAAGGUUUUGGAUGAAGCUCUCUCAGGAGUGCGUUCAGUGCUUAAAGCCCCUGAUAUGCUGCUUCUUUUCAAGUCAUAUAAUCAUCGUGAUGCCCCUGAUUUGUGUCCAAUUAGAGCAGCUUUAUACCCGUGAAAUUAUCCCGUGAUCACACAGGACGCUGUCCUCAAAACGAUGAAGUUUUUCUUUGUGAGUUGUGAAAUUGACUAAUCUGCUGUUCAGGACGUAAACCAUGUUUCGUCACAUGUGGAAUCACAUUAAUAUUCACAAUUAUAUUUUUGUAUACUUUCUUCUUUACGACCGUUCAUCUACAGAGAGACGGUAAAAUAAUCAGCUUAUCGGCUUUAUCAGCAAGUCACAGAAAUCUGGUGACUCCCCUUCUGUUCUUCAGCAAGAAGAGACGUCCGUGAAUGUCUUGUUUGUUUCUGAUUUUAACAUCAACAUCAGUUUUGGUGUGAGAAGACACAGAUACAACCAAACUAAUUUUGGUUGAAGAGUUUGUCUUCUUUCUGCUACAAGUUGAAAUCUAUUUAUCAAAAUGCGUCUGCAUCAAUAAUUGUUAAUAACUUUGAGCAGAGUCUCAAAAAGAAUCUGAAGAGUCACAAGAUGGAGAAAAAAUAUAUAUCUUUGUUACACGUUUAUUUUUCUGAAGUAUUGUAGAUACUUGUCUCUCUUCAUAUUUUUGUCACAGGGAGACAUUUCUCAAGACAAAAAGGUUGGGAGUCAUCAUCAUUUCCCACCAGAACCACCAAAACUCACUGCGUUACAUUUGUGUCCGACACUUUAAUUCAGAGCGACUCGCACUUGAAGCCUUCAGCACACGAGAAAUGAGAAAAAAAAGCGUCCUGUCUGAUCACAGAUAAUCAGUUUAUCUUUUAGUUGCUAUAUCACUGCCAGCUACACGAGUGUCACUGUUAAGACCUUAUUUUACUGAGCCGCAGUCUGAAGUCUGAAACAUGCUGCUGCGUCUGACAGAAUGCGACACACUGUAUGAACACACCACAUCACAGUGUGUGCAAUAAGAGGGAGUACAUCCUGUUGUUCUCAGAGUCACGUUUGGAUGGAUUCCACUUAAAUCUUCACAGAUGUCUCAAAGAUUAAGAGACAAACACCUUUGGCAGCAUCACGUUUCAGACUUCACUCUCGUCCACAUUCCCUCUAACAGAGAAAACAUUAGUGUCUUGCUAAAGAAGAACGCGCUGACAAUGCAUCGGAUGCACUUGCCUGUAGUCGUGUGUGAAACUUGGCUGCUUUUUUAAUAGAAGAUUAUGCAUUUAAAUGAUGAAACUGAAUGUGAGGGUGAAUGAAAGAAUAGCAGAUGGGAAGCAGGGAUUCUGUACACCUCGGGGAAAGAAACCGAAAUCACACGGAGAUUUCUUUCAGUGACAAAUUUACGAACACGACAAAAUAUUAAUACACAGAUUAGUGUUGAUGUGCAGGAACCCUGAGCUCACAAAUCUGCAUCUUCUUCCCGCUGAAAUGUUCGUAUGACAGCUACAGUCGCCCCUCAGGCUUCAGCUUUAUCGCCCUUUCAGGUCAACUUCUUAAAGGGCAAUUCCACCAAUGUUUAUGUUGAUAUUUUAUAUAUGUUAACAGGCAUUUUCCCAAAACCACAAAGUACCCCAAAGUGCCAAAAGGUCGUUACUCAAGGGCUGCAACUAACUAUUUCUAUUAUCAAUCAAUCUGCCAUUUAUUUUCCAAAUUAACUGAUUAAUAAUUUGGUCUAAAAGUUGUCAGACGAUGGAGAAAAAUGUCCAUUGUAGUUUUGUUUUUUUGUCCGACCAAAAGUCCAAAUAAAGUUUAAAUGAGUAAAAAGAAAAACAACCAGUUUAUAGCAACAUUAAACAAAGAAAAACAGAAAAAGUUCACAUUUGAGAAGCUCACAUAGAAGAAUAUUAAGCUUUUUUUUUUUGUUUUUGUUUAAAGGGCUGAAAUUAGUCGAUUAUUAUAUUUUUUUCUUGCAGAAAUAUUUGCUAGAGUUUUUCUAUUUGAGCUUCUUAAUCAUGAGAAUUUUCUGAUCAUUGUAACGUAACGAUUUUGGGUUCGGACUGUCGGAGAUGACCAAACGUCAUAGAAAAUUCUUCACAAUUUAUAAACCAAACGUUUAAUCGAUUAGACGGGAGAUUGGUUGAUAAUAAAAACAACCCCCAGCUGCAGUUUUUAUUGCACCUGUAAUCAAACCCAGCAGUGAUGUCACUGUGUCCUGGAGCACACCUGUUCAUCACUGCAGCCAGGUGAGCAGUUAUAUUUUGAAGGGGUGUCACUUCCUGUGCCUUGCUCAGACAUUUGAACGUAUAAAACAGAAAACAAGAUGUUGAACUUUAAUUUAAAAUCUUCCUCUGAUGAUGUGAUGUGAACUUUAUACCAACUGCGACCCCAAUGCAAUUUUUUGGCGGGAUUGCCCUUUAACCCCAGUCACUGUGAUUGACAGCCUUUAGCCCCGCCCCCUUCUCUACCUGCACUUGCUGCACCUGUGCUUUCAGCCCCGCCCAGGGCCGGAGCAUAGCAACAUAUUUUUAUGUAACAAAAGGUAAAAAAUGAUUAUUAUUAAUAUUAUUCUGACUAUAAAGAAGUUUUAUUUUUUAAUCCAAAGUGGUCUAAAUCUGUAUGUACAUAAUUUCUCAGAUAAUAUCUUUAAAUAAAUAAAUAAACACAGUAUAUUUAAGACGAGAAAGAAAAAAAAAAUCAGCUUGUAGAAGUUUGACGCCUGAAAUGAGUUUUUGAACAACAGCUUGUAAAAUUAGCUGCAUGUGUUUGUGUGAGCAUUUAUAGUAAAAACAUGUCGUUAUGAAAUGUUGUCUGGUGCCCCCCCCCCCCCCACUCCCAUCCCCCAUCCCCAAACCCACCAGUUGGAAAUACGGUCGUCAGCCGCAGCUCCGUCUUUAGUUUGUUUCUGUAACGUUGUGGAAGAGUUCAGAAUUUCCUGGUGUCUGUGUGACGAGAGGCUUUUAUUGAAAUGUCCCUUUAAUUUUAUAUUUGAAUCAUUGAUUAUAGAAUUCUGGAAAACUGAAGUCAAGUUUCUAAAAUUAUAUUUUUUAUAUAUGAUAAUAUCUGUAAAACAAAUUCUACAUUUUGGACCGUUUGAUUUAAAAUUCAAAAUCAACAAAUAGAAAAUCAGAGUAGUUUUUGUUUUGUCUGUCGACUGAGAGGUUACUGACAAAUAUCCCAACCUGGUGGCGGGACCCCCAGUCAGGGUCGCAAGAUCAUUAACAGGAUUUUUAAAAAGAUUAAAUCAGAACAUGAUGUUUAUUCUUCAGUAAACAUGAUCAUAAAUCAUAAUAUUAUUCGGAUAAAACAAAGAGGAGAAAGACACUUAUUUUAAAGUGAACUUUUGCAGCCAGUAAUAAUGAUAAUCUGUAUUUAUAAAGCACUGUUUAAAGCAGAGUUAUGAGGUGUUUUUACAAGGCAACAACAACAAAAAAAAACAAGUCAUAAAAACAGUUUUUAAAAGAAAACCAAUGAAAACCCUCAAACCGCAGUGAUAAAUGUCAGUUCAAAGGAAAGUAGAUCUUUAGUACAAUCUGCAAAAGUUCUCUGAUAAAGAAGACAAGAAAGGACUUGAAAGUGGUCGCUGACUCAUCCGAACCUUAUUCCCUCGGGCAAACUAUAAAAGCAAAGGCCAUGAAGUCAGUGACAGUGUUUGGUGUCAGCUCUUUCGGGAUCACAGGGGCGAGCACGUCAAAUCACUGUGACCCGUCACGUCUUUGUUGUUUCAACUCUGACUGAAAACUCCUUCCACGUGAUGUGAUGUCAUCAGCUGAUGUUUUUAAUUUAAAUAUGCGUUUGUCUCCCGUGUUAUUGAUCUCCAAACAGAUCACCGCUCUGUCCUCAGUCCAUGUUUGGUCCAGGGUAGCGAACAUUACAUCAUAACAUUACAUCGUGAUACGUGAACAAACAGAGCAGGUCAGACCUGUUAUCAGGACCAGAUUGCAGUUAGAACCACAUCAGUUCUUAAUGGCUCUGAUUAUUAUUCUAACUGGACUUCAUGAUGUCACCUGUCAGUUUGGUAAAUAUCUGCUAAACCAGGACUUGACCGGAGGCUGUAACGCCUCGCAGUUUGCCUCAGUGAUUUACAUUCCUGCUAACGUUAGUCAUCAAACAUUAAUUAGCUGCACACGCAUGAGUCACGACAGCGAUGAAGCUUGAGAGGCUGAAACAUCACCGCAGCUCUCUGUCUGUUUCUCUUACACCUUCAUUUACAGUUCAGAUUAACGUAGGGCGACUCCACAGAGAUGUAGCUCGCUAACGUUAGCUAAACAAAGUGCAAAUGCUAACUCAGAUCAUUGAUGAACAAAGUAACACGCACCGGUGACUGAUGAAGGUCCAGAUUUAUGAGAAUUUGAUGAUUAGCACCAGCUCCUGACAACAAUAGGAAACAUUAUCUAAUGUCAGCCCUCCUGAAUGUUGUUUAAUAUCAUUAACAGUUUAAUGUUUAGUUAGUUAUUGAUAACAAAUACACGUACCUGCUAACAGCAGCUAGCAUUUAGCUACCUUGGACCAACGAGAAGCUUGAGUCGAGUUAUACGCAGCUGACGGACAGAAACAUCUGUUUGGAGAUCAAAAACAAGGAAAAUAAAUGGGUACAUUUAGAUAUAAACGUCAGUCGACAUCAUGUGAUGUGUGUUUUUAAAUCUCUUGGAUCAGUCAAAGUUGAAACAACAAAGAUAUGGAGAGCUGACACCAAACUCUGGCUCCUCGAGCGCUGUCACUGACGUCAUGACCUUUCCGUCUUUUAUAUUUCGCUUUGGGCGGGUCGUCCCAGAGCCUCGGGGCCCUGACGGCAAACACUCUGUCCUAGUAUCGACUGUCGAAAAUGCACACAUUUUCUGACAACACACAGUGUCCUUUCAAAUUACACGUCCUCGACAAACAAAAGAUCAACUGAAAAAUUAACCAAAGAUUUAGUAAAAUUUUAUGUCAGAUUAUAAACAACAGAAUUAACGAGGGAUGUCAGGAGGAUGUUUUUUGAUCAUCUAAACGCCUCUUCCAGAAGUGAGGAAGUAAAUUACUGUCAAACCUCCCAUGAUGUCUUGUAACAUGCUUAACAAAUUAAUUUAUUAAAUAGAAUUGUUAACAACAGCAAAAGUCAGAGGUAUAUCUACCAGUUAAAAUAAAUUUCCUAUUAUAUUUAUUUAAGCCAUUUAACCCUUCGAGCAAACUGAUGCGAUUUCUUUCAGAAACAUGGGGAGAAAGUCAAUGAGCAACUUGGAAAGAAAUUAAUAGAUAAAGAAAAAUAUUUUUUAAAAAAUAGGGAAAAAAGAAAAAAGCAAAGGAAAAAUUAUAAUUAUUAUUUCUUCAUGUUUAAAAUUAUGUUACAGAAUUACUAUAAUUUUUAAGCAGUUUUUCCAGGUCAUUUAUUUGUUUGUUUCAUUUUUUGUAAACUAAUUUUCUUGUUUUUAAUUUUCUCUUUUUACUAAUUUCUUGCAGAUUUUUUUGGGUCAUUUCUUCUUUCGUUGCUCACUUCUUUCUUCCCAUGUUUUUGAAAGAAAUCAAGCCAGUUUGCGGUCAGGGUUAAACAGCUGUCUUUGUUUUUAAGAUGAAAUUGAGGCAAACUGAGAAGGAAAAAAGCAAAAAAAAGUUAUUUAUUUUUAUUUUUUCAUCAAUCUGACAAACAAAAAGCUACAAAACAAAAAUAGAAGCUGAAUUCAGUCGUCCUGUUUUCUAUUUUUAUUGAUUAAGAAAAAUUAUUGUUUGUAAACAGGAAAGUAAAUGUUACACUGACUGCUGGCGGUGCCAUUAUUUUGAAAAUGCACUUCCUGUCUUAUUAGGGGUCAUAUUGCAGGUCUGGAGAGUUUUGGAAAUCAGUUUGAGUUACUAGUUAAUAAAAAGUCUGCAACAUCCAAGUGAAUUCAGAGAGACACCGAGGUCUGUGGAGGAAACCCAGGAGGAGAUUAUGGGAUGGAUUUUAGCUUUAACGCCUCUGCAGAUACGAGACAGUAAAAAAGAUUGUGAUUGAUAAUGAAAUGAAUAAUGUGCCUGAAGUUGGACUGAAACUUGGGACUGUUGAGGGUCAGAGUGGGAGCACAGCAGCUGGUGUUGGUGGUGACGGCGAUGUAGGAACGACAAUCACAACAGAAAGUGGUGUUAAGUGUCACUGCUGCCCCCUGCAGGUCAGUGACGUGACGGUGCUUCAGUGUCUGUGGUUUCUUGUCUCUGUGCUGCACUGUUGGAUUCAUCACGUCGAGGAGAAAGUUCAAACCUUAAUUCUGAGAUGUCUGAGAUGGUUCCUGUCGGCGCCGGCAGCCGAUGAGAUUUCAGUCAGAGAUUCAAACUUUGGGACAGAGCUGAUAAAUGUGUGUCUGUGUGGUGAGGUGAUUAAAGACGGGGGUGCAGCCAUGUUGGAUGAAAAUGUUACUGAAGUUAAAGUCAGGAUGGAAAAUAGAUUUGAUCGGUUUGUUUUUUGUCCUGUCGUUGAAAUGCAGUCUGACAGUGAAGCACUGAAUGUUGAUGUGUGUGUGAGCAGAUCUUAUGUUCAUGUUGUGAGCAGAAAGUUUGAUUCAGUCACAAGUUCCAGCUUUAUUAAAUACUGCAGAUAUUUAACCUUUUAACAGGUCGUUACGUCUUUAUGAGCCGUAAAAUCUCAUUGAUCUGAAAUACGUUUUGCAGCUUCCACAACAAGUCAGCUUCCUGUAAUCGAGAUAUUUGUAAGACCAACAGAGACAGAUUCAGUCCUUUCUUUUCUCUUUCCUUCUCUUCAUUUCUUCACUUUACCCCCUUUUUUAGAAAUUAAUUAUGUGUAUUUGUAUUUAAUGUAAGUAGAAAACCCUUAAAGGGAUGCUUCACAUUUUUUGAAGUGGGGUUUUGUGGUUUACUUAUGCACAGAUAGUUUAUACAUGCAGUAGAUGUCAGUCGGCACGCCUUUAGUUUGGAGAAGCAGACACGAGUCUGACGUGGAAGCUAAGUGAUGUACUGCUGUGGAGGGGUCAGCCACAAAACUUUUUUAGCCACCUAAAAAAGGCAGGAGCCUAAUAAAAUCAAUGUCAGUUUAAGUUUACGCUAUAUUUAGAAUAUUUUCUUUAUCUUAAUGUCACAUAGUGAUUUCCAAUGGGACAAUUAAGCAGUUACAUUGCCCUGGUCAAAGCCAGACUCCAUUGACAAAAACAGCGAUUUAACAUUGCUGAACACAGGAGCUGUUGGUCUACUGCUGCAUCGAUCUGUUAGUUUGUUUGUGUUAUUGGAGGGCUUUGGCUUUUUAAAAGGUUAGUUCACACACACCAAAGUCACACAGUAACACAAAAUGUGUAACUAAUCAAGGCAGCAGUAGACCAGCAGCUCCUGUGUUCAACAAACUUAAAUUGCUGUUUUUGUCAAUGGAGUCUGGUGGCUCUGAAAAUAGCAUAAACUUAUGUAGUUUUCUUUUAGGUUGGACUUUUAUUGUGUGUGUAAGAGAUGUUUUGUUGCUGACCUCGUCCACAGCAGUACGUUGUUUAGCUUUAGUGUCCGACUCCAGUCUGCUUGUCCAAACUGUGGGCGUGUUGACUGACAUCUACUGUAGGUAAUAUGCUAUCUAUGGAUAAGUACGUCGUACAGCCCCACUUCAGAAAAUGAAAACUGUCCCUUUAAAUGUAUCUGUUCACUGAGCUGGAUCAGUAUUUUCUGUGCAUGCACAUUUAUUUUAAGUAAGAACACCUUUAAGAAGCAGAUUUUCUCCAGACUAAAUGUCUUGUUGUUACACGACUCUUUGCAGUGAAACUCGUACAGACGAUUGCACCUUCGACUUUCAGGAUUCAGACUGAAACGUAUCAGAUCAGAUCAGGUGUGAAUGGAAUCUUAAAGCUGUUUGUGUCCAAAUAAAAGUUUAAAUAAAGUUUUGCUCGAGAUGAAAAGAUCAGGAUCAAAUCAGUUUGAGAGAGAGAACACUUUUAAUUUCUGUUUUUUUAACUGUUAAAUUUCUUUUUAAGUUUUUUUUUUCCUUUAAAUUAAACUAAUAUUUGUUUUAAAACCACCAUCGUUUUAUUUUUACUCUGUCAUUUAUUUUUUUAACAAGAGCAGGCAUCACUCAGUAGGUCAAACACAAUCAUCUGAUAAUUUACCCACCUUUGUUUUCCCGUUUGUAACACUGACGUCAUCCUGUGUGUGUGUGUGUGUGUGUGUGUGUGUGUAGCAUUUUGUUGUUACGCAAUAAACCUGUUGUGAGUUCACAUGCAGUUCCAGACUCUGCCAGUAGAGGGAGCUGUUGACCAGCGAGGUAGUGCGUCUGUGAGUGAGAGUGUGUGUGUGUGUGUGUGUGUGCGUGCGCGCAGACUAGGGAUCAGUUAAAGGCCAUAUUUCAUAUUUUUUCAUAUUUUUUAUUGAUGUAUGAUAUUAAUUGCUCUCAUAUUAUUAUUAUUAUUAUUAUUAUUAAUGUUAUUGUUAGUUUUUCAUGUUUUUAGGCUCCGGAGAAUAAAAUAAAAACGAGCGUCCAGCGUCUGUUGCUUUGUAUUUGAAUAAUAAAUUGACUUUUUGUUGUAUUCAGAUUUUUAUUUGAACCUUGUAAUAAAUAAAUAACCAGGGAAUGUUGAGUGUGUUGUACAUAUGAAUAUGUUUUCAAACAGAGGUGCUUCUGAAGCUAACAGAAGAGAUUUUUAAAGAGACUGUACCUUCACAUUAUUUUCCAGAAAAUAAACAAAUGAAACCUGGAA